AUGGCGGGCGCCUCCGACCCCCUGGAAGAUAUGCUCUUUUCAGAGGUGGACGAAAAGGCUGUGAGCGAUCUAGUAGGCUCUCUGGAAUCGCAGCUUGCUGACCAAAGCAAUCCUGCAAGUAGUCAUUCGGAAAACAGGGGUGCUGGGUCAACGGGCACCGCUAACCAUCACUUAGGAAAAACGCUACCAGCUCAAGUGGGCACCACAACACUGGAACAACAACAACAAGGACAGCAUAAAGCUGGCAUGCACCCGGAGACGAACUCUAAGGAAAUCGGCUCGGAGAAAACUGUCGCAUAUCCGACACCGAGCCCCGUUCCGUCUUUUGAUGAAGCGUCUGCCACUCCAGCCGCCGGUGUGAAAGCGAAUACCAGUGGUUUGCAAUCACAUGGAACAUCCAUCACAACACUGGCUGCAUCUGGCGUGUCAACUUUGGCACCUCUGGCCGCCAGCAUCAGCACCACGGCGCGCGGCUCUAAGGUUACUUUGGCUGCGGGCGAAACGUCGACGGACGCCGAUCCGCCGAGAAAACGGACCGCGGCAGCACGAAAGACUGCCACGGGUCGGGCAAAGAGUUUGAACGGCGGAGCUGUAGCGACGAGGAGGAACAGCAAUACAGCGGUGGUAGAUAACGUUAGCUCCGUGGCUACUACCGGUGCGAGUGUUGCCGGUGCGAGUGUUGCAAACUCUGCACCGGCGGUCACAGCCUGUAUAAACACCACGACUUUCACGUUAUCCAGCGUCGGCCAGUCGGCUGUCGCUCUCGACCGAGGGACCCCUACCAUUGCUUUGCAUAGACUGCCGAGUCACAUCGUCGCCAGCAUAGCUCAGAAUGGAAACGGAACCACUGUCUCGGCCUUGGUCCAACAAGGUGCACGGAUCGGACCCGUCGCCUCAGCCGCGCAAGUGAACCACAGCAAAACGCCUGCGAACACCGGGGAUUCCAAAACAGACGACCCCCAUCCCAAAACUGUCGUGCUGAGCCAGCCCGGCAGUGUCAACUCUGUCAUAAGUACUGUUUCCUCCCCAUCUCCUGUUGUCAUCCCAGCCACAACUACUCAGCAGCCGAGUCCCGCCUCAACUCCCGCCGCCUGUGUCACGGCGGUAGCAGUAACUACUUCUGUGAGCGUGACCGGUCAGACUACAACGCCAACUUCUUCUGCCGGUAUGAUCAGGCCCGCGACUCCCUCUCCGACACCUGUUGUGGCUUCCUCCGCACAGCCCCAGCCCCGUCCUGGACUGGCUGCGCCUCAAAGGAUUGUAACCCCUCAGCUGAUUGUCAGACCACCUCAGCAGCAGACGACCAUUCAGCUGCCCCCUGGGUUUACCAUCCCGCAGGGGAUGGUGUUGGUACGUACAGAGUUGGGCCAGCUAGUGAUGGUUCCCCAGCAGGCUUUGGCUCAGGCCCAGGCCCAAGCGCAGGCCCAGAACAACAUCACCCCGCGACCAGCCACCCCGACCACAGGAGCCACCUUCAGAGUAACAACGCCGCAGUCUCCCGUGACCUCCCAGACAACACGGCAGUGUCCUCUGGCUCCAGCCAAGAUGGUGCCGUCUUCCUCUACCGCUCCUUCCAGCCCUGCUUACCAGAACUCCUCCUCUUCCACCUCCUCCUCCACCUCCUCCUUCCCCGCGCUCCGCUCUAAGGGCCCUGUGGCACCGGCCGUGGCAGUGACGGCUCCGCAGCCGGCCCCCGUGGUUAUGGUCCCCCAGGCUCAGGCUCAGGCUCAGGCCCAGGCCCAGGCUACCUCACAGCCAGCGCUGCCCCCGCAGACCAGCAUUGCCGUGGCCCCCGGAGGUCCUGUCGUCUCCCAGGAAAUGCAGGAGAAUGUGAAGAAGUGUAAAAACUUCUUGGCCACCCUGAUUAAACUGGCCUCCCACAACUCUCCAUCCCCCGAGACCUCCAAGAACGUCAAGGCCCUGGUUCAGGACCUGCUGGAUGCCAAGAUUGAACCAGAGGAAUUCACUAGCCGGCUGCAGUCUGAGCUCAAGUCAUCUCCUCAGCCUUACUUGGUGCCCUUCCUCAAGAAAAGCCUUCCAGCCUUGCGGCUGUCUCUCCUCAACAGUCAGCAGUCUCUGACCCAGCCCCAGCAGCAGGGGGUCAAACCUGUGGCUAGCGGCACCACUCCUGCCAUCAUGGCAGGGCCAGCUGUCCGCGUGCGCCACCCUAACAGCAUCAGCACCACCACGGGCACUAUCGCUUCACCCACUGGGACACCCGGACACACAGCUGCCAUGAGUAUCAAGAGAGUAGGCGCUGCUGCCGGCGGCCAGGUACGGAUGCCUGCAGUGAUUACACAGUCUGUAAGAGCGCAAGGCAUGGUGGGGAAGGGAGCUGCCAUCCAGGCGGGCAGGAGUCCCAUGGGCCUGGCGGUUCAGAUCUCUGGGAAUCAGAAAAACAAGCUCAACGACCCUGGAGGCGGUUCUUUCAGGGACGAUGAUGACAUCAAUGACGUGGCCUCCAUGGCUGGGGUAAACCUUAACGAGGAAAGCGCUCGAAUCUUGGCCACCAAUUCGGAGCUGGUGGGAACGCAGAUCCGCUCCUGUAAAGAUGAGGCUUUCCUCCACCCGGGCCUGCUCCACAGACGCAUUCUGGAAACAGCUAAGAAGUUUGGAGUCACUGAGGUUCCGAUGGAGGCAGUCACGUUCAUCUCUCAUGCCACACAGUCGCGGCUCCGUACCGUGGUGGAGAAGGUGUCCACCAUCGCACAACACAGACUGGACUCCUGUAAGGACGAUGAAUAUUACGAGCAGUCCGCAGACGUGCGCUCACAGCUCAAGUUCUUCGAGCAGCUGGAGAGACUGGAGAAGCAGAGGAAGGACGAGCAGGAGAGAGAGAUCCUGCUGAAAGCCGCUAAAAGUCGCUCCAGGCUCGAGGACCCAGAGCAGGCUCGGCUCAAACAGAAAGCUAAGGAGAUGCAGCAACAGGAACUGGCCCAGAUGCGGCAGCGAGACGCCAAUCUAACAGCUCUAGCCGCCAUUGGACCUCGCAAAAAACGCAAGAUGGAUUCACCAGUGGCCACCCCAUCCGGGACUGAGGUCUCAGGCAGCACGGCCAGCUCCCCGGCCAGCUCCUCCGCCCCGUCCACCUCGUCACGCCAGUACGCUCGACAGCGCAUCACUCGCGUCAACCUCAGGGACUUCAUUUUCUACAUGGAGCAGGAGAGAGAGACCGCCCACUCCCUCCUCCUGUACCGCGCCCUGCUCAAAUAG